AUGUUCUGUGGGAAGCAAGCAGUUGACGUUGACGAGCAAAUCGCCGAGAACCGCCUAUCCUCGGUUGACGGAUCAGCCAAUGAGCGGGUCGGCGAUGCGAAUCAGCUCUUGCUCGUCCGUUCACCCGGUCCGAGAGCGUUGUCAUCGGCAUCCAUUCUGCUUCCCUCGGUGGUUCCUGCCAUCUCCCGUCCUGGAGAUCUGUCUUGA